UUCAGGGCGAAAAAUCGGCCGACAUUAGGCAAAAACGUAAUCUAGGAGGCAUUGCAAGGCGCCAGGACGAGAAAAACGAAUACGAUGAAGCGAGUCGUCCGGCAAAUGCCCAGUGCCGAUGUGUGUACCACGGAGCAACUAGCCUUCUGAUGACGUCACACCGGCAGGAAGAAGACAGCAGCAGAGAGGAGAGCGACGAACGAGAAAAUGGCGAGUUGUCGCGGCAGGGUCGGUGUUGUGAUCGCGUGAACUUGACUAAACGCGGUGGAUUACUGACAUUUUCAUGUGGACACUUGCCACUGGCCUCGUGAGUGAUAUCUAAGUUAGCUCCGAGUUGCAAAAUGACGGCCAACAUGUACCGAGUUGGAGACUAUGUCUAUUUCGAGUCAUCUUCGACGUCGCCGUACCAAAUAAGAAGAAUCGAGGAGCUGAAUAAGACUCCGAACGGCAACGUCGAGGCAAAGGUUAUGUGUUUCUACAGGCGGCGUGAUCUCCCGAACACUCUCAUCAUGUUGGCAGAUAAGCACCAAAUGGCUUCUGCGGACGAAUCCCCGGUAUCCGCCAAAUUAAAAAAGUUGUGGCUCAAGGCACCAUCUGCAGACGAGGCCGAGGCUGUUCAACCCUUAGAAUCGCCGCCAGACGAUGACGAUGAAAGCACCAAAGGCAGCACUAACAGCGGCGACAAAGGUGGUGACGCCCUGAGCACCAAGCAGAGGCACCAGAUGAAGCACCGCGAGCUGUUCCUCUCGCGCCAAGUGGAGACCCUGCCGGCGACGCACAUACGCGGCAAGUGCUCCGUCACCCUGCUCAACGAGACAGAAUCCCUGCUCUCCUACCUCAACAAAGAUGAUACUUUUUUCUACUGCUUAGUAUUUGACCCGGCUCAAAAGACGCUUCUCGCCGACAAGGGCGAGAUCAGAGUCGGCAGCAGGUACCAGGCAGACAAUAUGCCCCUUCUCAAAGAAGGAGACGCUGACGACCGCAACUCGGAAGAUCUGGAGACCCUAGUGUGGACCCCGUCUCACCAUCUCACCGACAGACAGAUCGACCAAUUUCUCGUCAUUUCCAGAUCUGUGGGCACAUUUGCUCGUGCCCUGGACUGUUCUAGUUCCAUCAAGCAGCCAUCCCUUCACAUGAGUGCAGCAGCUGCUUCUAGAGAUAUAACUUUGUUCCAUGCUAUGGAUACGCUUCACAAGCACAAGUACAACACGGCCGACGCCAUCAGCUCUUUAGUGCCGUCAACGGGUCCAGUUUUGUGUCGAGAUGAAAUGGAAGAGUGGUCGGCAUCAGAAGCUAACCUCUUUGAAGAGGCGCUCGAAAAAUACGGAAAGGAUUUCAAUGACAUCCGGCAAGAUUUUCUACCAUGGAAGACCUUAAAAAAUAUAAUUGAGUACUAUUACAUGUGGAAAACAACCGACCGGUAUGUGCAACAGAAAAGAGUGAAGGCAGUAGAAGCUGAGUCCAAAUUGAAGCAAGUGUACAUUCCAAAUUACAAUAAACCAAAUCCUGCAGUAAUUAAUAACAGUAAAGGCGGCAUUGUCAAUGGUAACGGAAACGGAGCCGAAAUCAGCAGUGGAGGAAAAGCCUGUGAAUCUUGUAGUUCAUCUUCCUCAAGUCAGUGGUACGCCUGGGGGCCAUCACAGAUGCAUUGUAAGCUGUGCAGCAAUUGCUGGAAUUACUGGAAAAAGUACGGCGGUCUGAAGAGUCCUUCAAGAAUAGAAGAAAAUGACAUUGACCUGAAGAAAAAGUCUAGUGGCAGCCUUUCAGAUGAAGAGAGAGGAAGUAGUAUGAAUGGUCACAGGCACAGAUGCAGCAUUGUCAACUGCGGCAAGGAAUUCAAAUUAAAAGCUCAUUUGGCAAGACACUAUGCCACCGCCCACGGCCUGGCAAUCCGUUCUGGAUCUCCGAGACCAAUCAUGAAGACGAGAACUGCUUUUUAUCUGUUCUCGACUCCCCUCACACGUGUCUCCAGACGAUUGUGUCGCAACCUUCUGAUGGUCCGCCACGCCGCCAGGGCGCCUUUCUGGCCCAUCAACAUUGCAGCCGUCAAGCAAGAUUGUCAAAUGCAAAUCGUUGGAAAGGGCUAUGAGGAGCUCAAAGAACUGACCAAGUAUAAGAAGAAGGACCGAGGCAGUGUGACAAACAUAGCCACUUCCUUGGCCAAGGGUGAGCUAAUCGUGCCUCCAUGGUUGGCACCAACAGACAAAGCUUUGAUUCCCAAGUCAGAGCAGAUAUCCUUCCCAAGACCACCUAAAGGACCAGAUGGUAGCAUAAUUUACGAAAGAAUUCCCAAUAAGCCCGAGGCAGAGAAAGUAAUUCAGAACUCGCAGAUUGGCAUCAACAACAUGUCAUCGUCUUCUUCGCUUAAAAGAAGAGCCUAUGAGGAAAUGAAUGGCAUGGACCCGGAUAUGCUUGAAUGGGGUGAAGAAACAAACACGCCACCCCGUCCACGUUGGCCACACUCUGAGCUGAAUACUUUGGCCCGCGACUUGACCAGCAUUGCCGGACCCCCGCCCAGCAAGCGGCCACACAAAGAUAGUGCCCCUGUGGCCACCAGCUACAUGCCCAGGCACAUGGGUCAGACCCCUGGGAAGGCUAUCACUCGUUUGAACGGCAAAACGCAGAUUGCCACUCUGACCCAGAUGAAAAAUGGGCAGAAGAGGAUUUCGUGGUCGGACGCGCCCGAUGACAUGUACUUCCAUGUCACAGACAACACUAAAACCCACUUCAGAAAGCUGAGAAAGCAGCUGACCAACAGCGAGUUGCGACGAGCAGCCCGCAAGCCGUGGCGCCGGCUGCGUUGCAAUGAGGCCGACCUGCUGGCCGCUGCCGUGGCCGCCGCGGCCGCGUCGUCGCGACCGAUCAGCAUGGUCGAAUGACCCUAUCAGGGCCUGCUGCCUCAGCUGCCGCCCCCGCCCCCACCGCCGCAU